AGCGGCCAAGCCGGGAACCUAGAAACUGAAUAAUUAAAUCGCAGUUUAACCCAAGUCAAGGAUAUAUUCAGUCUUAUAUUUACUAUUUUAUGUAUUGUUUACGUUUUUUUGUAAUAUUCCAACAAACGUUUGAGCACGUUAUGAGUACUUAGUUGUUUUAUCAUUAUAUUGAAUUCAUUAUAAUUGUCCAACAUCAUCUAUCAAUAAAAAUGUCAAACUUUAAUUUUGGUACACCUAUAACAACAGCAAAUUUGGGUUUUGGCGGAUUUUCUACGCAAAAACCGGCUACUGGAUUUGGGUUAGGAAAUUCAGCAUUCGGUACAUCUACUCCAGCAGUUACCGGGAACCUCACAUUUCCAACGACUACUACUUCUGCAGUAAAUGCACUGACAUCGAAUUUUACUUUUGGCAAUACAACUGUUAGUUCCACCUCAAAUCCAAGUGGAAGUUUUUUUUCAACUCCUGCUACUACUACUACCACAGCAGCACCAAAUUUGUUUAAUACUUCAACUACUUCAGCGGCACCAUUAUCUAAUCUAAGUUUCGGAAACUUACCGACUUCUACGAAUACAAAUUUUGGAAUUACAACUAGUACAGCGUCAACUGGUGGUUUGAAUUUUGGUGCUCCUACAACUACAGCAGCUACUACUAUCGCUACGACUACUACUUCAGCUACAUCUACUAAUAUUUCUUUAAUUGGUAAUACUCAAACUGGAGGGUUAUUUGGUGCAAAACCAUUAGGAGCAACAACUGUUACUGCUACUACAACAACGAGUGUUAAUAAAGGACUAGGAGGCUUAGAUAUUUCAACUAGCAAUAAAGGGCUAUCUCAUAGUAGUAAUAGUCCAACAGUAGCUAAAGAGAACCUCAUCCCGAAUGAACUUACUCAGACGAUUGAUAGUUUCAAAGAAUUUGUGAGAACCCAAAAAACUUUAAGUUCAGAUAUAGCAAGAGGUUCAGCAAGACCACUUAAUCGUUGUUCAGAAGAUACAACAUUAUUGAUGGAAAUGUUAACAACCUUAGCAGGAUCUGUUCAACGAGAUCGUGCUCUUGCUGAUAAACUUAAAUUUGACACAGCGAAAGCUCUUCAAAAUUCUGAAAUAGCACAAAGGACCCACGAUACUCCUGCUGGACUUCAGUAUGAAAACAAUGCUCCAUUGUUAUUUUUUAUGGAACUAGUAGAGAAUUUUGAACAAGAUUUAACGUUAUUCAGAUCACAAAUUGAAACUACAGAGAAACAUAUUCAAACUAUGAUGACACCAAGAGCAUUAACACCGCAAGAACUAACAUUGGCAAUGAGUAAAAUCCACGAAUCAUUAAUUGCGGUAGCUGGUAAAUUACAGGGAGUACAUGCUAAAGUACAACAACAAAAAGAACAGUAUCUAAAUUUAAGGAAAUAUAUUUUGAAGGAUAGUACAAACAUAUUCGAAGAAAAUAAAUCUAAUAGUAAAAACAGUCAAAGUAAUAUUGGAAAAAUUACUACAGGUCCUACUCCUUUUGGUCCAGGAAAUAAAAAUUUUUUAUCUUCAACAACAAUUAAUUCAACCCGACAACCAACUUACGGUUCUUCCAAUCCAAUUGUCUGGAGAAAUAUUACCCCAUCACAAUCAACAAUGAAUCAUUCAAUAAAUACUACAAUAAAACCACCAACUGCGAGUUUAAAUUUCAAUCCACCACUAAAUUUAACUGCUCCACUGUCAACAAAUGAAACAACGUCAAGUUUUCAACUUCAAAAACCACCGAUAGGCAAUAAACGUGGCAAACAUUGAUAUUAAAAAAUUUGUACAUCUGUUAACGGAUAUUUAAUUUAUUUUAAAAACAUUGUUAUUUUUAUUAGUAAUCAGUAUGAUUAAAAAGAGUAAUAUUCAAACUUUUGAAUAUUGUUUUUUUUUUUGUAUUUUCGAAAUCAAUUAUUAAAUAAA